AUGGGAGAUAACCCAAGCGGUACACAGUACUCCUCCAAUCAAAGCACACUGCCAGAUGAGUUCGAUAUCAUCGUGUGUGGUGGCGGAAGCUGCGGGUGUGUUGUGGCUGGAAGAUUGGCCAACCUUGACCAUAAUCUAAAGGUCCUGUUGAUUGAGGCUGGUGAAAAUAAUCUCAAUAACCCAUGGGUCUUCCGACCUGGCAUCUACCCGCGGAAUAUGAAGCUGGACUCCAAGACUGCAUCCUUUUAUGAGUCUCGACCUUCCAAGUGGCUGGCUGGGCGAAAGGCAGUCGUUCCAUGCGCUCAUGUUCUCGGCGGUGGCUCUUCAAUCAACUUUAUGAUGUACACGCGGGCAUCUGCAUCCGACUAUGACGACUUCCAGGCAAAAGGCUGGACCACCAAGGAGCUGCUGCCAUUGAUGCAGAAGCAUGAGACCUACCAGCGAGCUUGUCAUAAUAAAGAUAUCCACGGCUUCGAAGGACCAAUUAAAGUAUCAUUUGGCAACUACACGUAUCCUAUCAAGGAAGACUUCCUUAGGGCCACGGAGUCUCAGGGUAUUCCAACAGUUGAUGAUCUUCAAGAUCUGGUCACUGGCCACGGCGCUGAGCAUUGGCUCAAGUGGAUUAAUCGAGAUACCGGGCGUCGAAGCGAUAGCGCUCAUGCCUAUAUUCACUCUACUCGGUCUAAUUACGAUAACCUUUAUCUGGCCUGCAACACCAAGGUCGACAAGGUAAUCAUCGAGGACGGCCGAGCCGUUGGAGUUCAGACAGUGCCAACAAAGCCAUUGCAUCCCAGCCAGCUAAAGACACGGACUUUCAGAGCACGCAAGCAGAUUGUUAUUUCCGGCGGAACUCUUUCGUCGCCCCUCAUUCUCCAGCGCUCUGGAAUUGGUGACCCGAAGAAGCUGGAGGCCGUAGGAGUAAAGCCAAUUGUGGACCUCCCAGGAGUUGGACUGAACUUCCAAGACCACUACCUAACAUUCUCAGUUUAUCGUGCUAAGCCUGAGACUGAGAGCUUUGACGAGUUCGUUCGCGGCAACCCUGAGGUUCAGAAGAGGGUGUUUGAUGAAUGGAACUUGAAAGGAACGGGGCCACUCGCCACUAACGGUAUUGAUGCUGGCGUCAAGGUCCGCCCAACUGAAGCAGAAUUGAAAGAGUUCGAAUCUUGGCCUACGCCCCACUUCAAAGAUGGCUGGAAGUCAUAUUUCGAGAAGAAGCCUGACAAGCCGGUGAUGCAUUACAGUGUCAUUGCUGGCUGGUUCGGUGACCAUAUGCUUAUGCCACCUGGAAACUUCUUUACCAUGUUCCACUUCCUGGAGUAUCCCUUCUCCCGAGGCAGUACUCACAUCAAGAGUGCUGACCCGUAUGACCUACCUGACUUUGAUGCGGGAUUUAUGAAUGAUGAGCGUGACAUGGUUCCGAUGGUCUGGGGUUAUAUCAAGUCUCGUGAGACUGCCCGCCGCAUGGAUGCUUACGCUGGUGAAGUUGAAACUAUGCAUCCCUUCUUUGAUUAUGACUCGCCUGCUCGUGCUCAUGAUAUGGAUUUGGCCACUACCAAGGCUUAUGCUCUUCCAGGCAAUCUUACCGCUGGUAUCACUCACGGUAGCUGGUCGACAUAUCUGCCUGAGGCGGACAAGAAGGCGGCCGUGAAUAUUCUCAACUCCAACAAGCAUGAUGUCCGUGACGAGCUGAAGUACAGCGAGUCUGAUAUUAAGGCAGUUGAAGAGUGGGUCAAGAGACACGUCGAAAGCACCUGGCACAGUCUAGGCACUUGUUCAAUGGCGCCUAAAGAGGGCAAUAGCAUUGUCAAGCACGGUGUACUCGAUGAACGCCUCAAUGUCCAUGGAGUAAAGGGUCUGAAGGUUGCGGAUCUCAGUAUCUGCCCCGAUAAUGUUGGUUGCAACACCUACUCGACUGCUUUGCUCAUUGGCGAGAAGGCUGCUGUCCUGGUAGCCGAAGAUCUGGGCUACUCUGGUGAUGAUUUGAAGAUGAAGGUCCCCAGCUAUAACGCCCCAGGAGAGGUUGCUUUGCCUUAUCGCGUCUAA